UUAACCCCAUAUCCGUUUAUGGCAAAUCCACAGAAUAAGGGAAGUUGAUGCUGAUUUCUCCCAUUCUUGCGAAAGUCGAGUUCAAGUAAACACGUUUUGCCAAAACAAGAAAGAAAACUUGUUGUUUAAGGUUUGACAUGAUGAAUAACAACUCCCAUUCAAUUAAUCAACCAGCGUUUCCCACUAUUUCAGGUGGAACGGGUGUAUUACCGAAAAAUAUUACAACUUCAGGUGGUCUAGUGUACGAAAACAUUGAUCCGUCAAGUUUGGAACAGGGAUCAGAUUCCGAAGAUGGAUCAUACACUGGUGUCCAACUUGGAAAAAAGACCAGAGGUCGGGUUAAAAUUAAAAUGGAAUUCAUUGAAAAUAAGCUAAGACGAUACACGACUUUCAGUAAGCGUAAAACUGGAAUAAUGAAAAAGGCUUAUGAGCUAUCCACCCUAACUGGUACCCAAGUGAUGUUGCUGGUAGCUAGUGAAACAGGACAUGUUUACACAUUUGCAACAAGAAAGUUACAGCCGAUGAUAACAAGUGACAGUGGUAAAGCAUUGAUCCAAACCUGUCUGAAUUCCCCUGAUCCUCCACCCGGAAGUAAUAGUGCACCAAUGUCUAUUGAACAGAGAAUGAAUCCUACUGGAUUUGAAGAAACAGAAUUGUCAUAUGCAGUUAGUGAAGAAGAAAAUCUUAAGAAUGAGAACAACAACAAACCUGUGUACACAACUUCCAGUCAGGCGGAAUCGUCACCCUUACAUCAAUCCAUCGCACAGGAAGUUAUUCAGACAAUCCAGACAUCAUCUAGCUCACCCGCCCCCGUAACAGUCACAUCCACAGGAUUUUCUCAACAGGUCUCGCACAAACCAUCAAAUGUGGCAGUACAAAUUCCUGGUUUACCUCCGGGAACAGUUUUAGUUCCACCAGGGACACCUCUGAUUCCAAUUCAACAACAAAAUGGUCACACAGGGUUACAACAACAGGGACAAACAUUAUACCGCUUACCGAACUCAAAUCAGAUUGUUUCUAUACCAAAUGUAGGGACCAGCUUACAUCAACAGACAUUUGCAGACACAUCUCAUUCUAUUACAACAGCAUCCUCAUCAUCAACAGCACCUUCAUCAUCUAAUGUAUUACAGACAUUGAGUACACCUUCAGCUACGGCCAUGACACCUGGUGUUGUAAUGUAUCAGACACCACAAGGAAUCGUAUAUGCCCCUACAACAGCAACAUUACAAGAUCGACAAGUGUUUAACUUCCAACAGCCUGCUCAGCCAUUGUCAUUAUCUCAAAAUGAAGGGGGCCAGCAGUAUAUAACGAUACCGGUACCCGUGUCAAUGAAUGGCACCACACAGCUUGUACAGUUAGGAUCAGCUGAUUCACAACAACAAGCUCAGCAGGUUACAUUAUCACAGCCCAGUGCAGCUAAGAAAGUGCGAAAGUGAUCGUCUCUCCUUUGUGCUAAUGAUAUGAUGGUGCUUUGACCUUCAGUGAAGGUCGUCUUCCUAGUGACCCCAGUGUUUGUACUAGUUUAUGUAGAGUCACUUACCUGUCUUUUAAUGUUAGACUGGGUACCUGUCUUGUAAUGUUGGACUGGGUACCUGUCUUGUAAUUUUAGACUGGGUACCUGUCUUGUAAUGUUAGAAAGGGUACCUGCCUUUUUAUGUUAGACUGGGUACCUGUCUUGUAAUGUUAGACUGAUGGUAAAGAGGGAACAGUUUAAAGAUCCAUCCUCUCAUAUUGUAUUUUGAUUGGAUGGGGUCAGUAUGACUUUGAGUGUGAUUGUACUCAGUAGUUAGGUCCACAAAUGUACAUAUAUAUAGAUUGAUAAAAAGAAUUUGUCUUCUAUGGAAGCUAUAAGUUAUCUGUAUAGGACAUUGAUUUCAUAAAUUUAUUUUCAUUUCUCUCAUGAACAUAUUUUCGUCGAGCUCUAAAAUCCUUAAUUUUCUGGAUGAAUACAAAAUAUAAAUAUAUUAUACGUAAUCUAUCAUCAAAUGCAACAUACAAGUUUUAGUUUAAAGAAGUUAAAAACUAUGAAGCUUGCAUCACAUCUAUAGAAGUAAGAAAUUAAGUGUGCAUGUUCAUUAAAUUGUAAAUUUUUGAAAAUAUAUGCUGCAUUAAGUUUUUGACCAAUAUUUCAAGUUCUUUGAUUUUGUCAAUGGUGCAUAGAGUUUUAUGGGCACACAUUCUUGUUCAGUACAUGUAGUUAUGUUUGUAGACAAAAGUAAAGUAUAUUAAUGGUGUAUGAACAUUAAUUUCUUAAACAAUUUUAAAUUAUUUGCCUGGCAUGCUUCCAGUUUAGAUGUUUAUUGAAAUCAAUUUGUGCUAUAAAC